AUGUCAACUUAUAGAGAGCAAGCUUCAACCACCGUUUCAGGAGACCCAGACGAUGAUACCUCCGGCGGGAUUACUCCAGCAGAUUGCUGCUCUGUCUACUUCGUUACCAUUAUUUUCUUGCUCCUCGUCUCUAUCGCCAGUACAGUUAUGAAUAAUCUCGUCCAAGGAAAAAAUACUUGUUACGUAGACCUCUUUGCUCACUCCAUCUCUGUCUCAAACGCCACAAACGUUUCAACCGCUGAUUGGAGAACCGUUUUUAUUGCCAAGAGUCCAGUCACCGGGUGUAAUCUCUCUCUACAUACUGUCACGUCGCGUCUCCUUCGCGGCGACGAGGUUAUCUCUCAGAGUCCAGUCACCGGGUGUAAUCUCUCUCUACAUACUGUCACGUCGCGUCUCCUUCGCGGCGACGAGGUUAUCUCUCAGGUAUCUCCGUCGCUGGAUGACUUCGGGAGACUUGUUACGACCAGCCAAACAGAUGAGCCGGUUACAAAUGUCGACUUCAAAAAUGUGGUGACGCCGGUUGUUAACGGUAGCGUGGUUUGGGAUUAUCGUGUGGAGAGUGUCGUUGGAUUGAAGGCAGAAACUGCACAUGGGUACGUGGCGGUUGUUUGCACCGAUAUUCCGGUGAAGUUUACGGCGGAUGCGGCGGGGAAUGUGGUUGGUUCGUUGCUUGGAAGUAUGCGACGAUGUGAAUAUUCACUCCGGGAUAACGUGAAUUCUGUUAGAUAUUGA